ACGACUGAAAACGGAAAGCCGCCCCGCUCUCUUUCUCUCUCUCUCUCUGCAGCUUCGAGACCCAAUAAAACCCCUAAACGGAACUCUUUUUUCUCAUUUUAUUCAAUUUCGUAUUCCAUCCCAACGCGAUUCCGAAACCCUAAUAUUCCAUCUUAAACUGCGCCGGAAAUGUCGCCGGCGGCGGCGGACUUCCGGUCCCCGAUUACCUCCCCACUAUCCAAACCCUCCGCCCAUCCUCAAAACCCCUCGGACGAGACGCCUUCCUCUAACCCCUUCAAUUUCAAUGCUCUCGGCUCCGACGGUCCAAAUGUGCCGUCACGAUCAGCUCGGUCGCGGCCGAGGCUGGUGAAGCAUAGGAAGCAGCACGCGAGGUCGAGAACUUGGCUGGCCGAGCCGGGCCCGGAGCUCAACCCGUUUCGCUCGGUAAGUGCUGCUGAUACUAGUGCUUCUAAUCAGUUCACUUUUUCGAGUGUUGGUGAGGGCUUUGUGUUUGGCGCUAAAUUGAGCGGUAUUGGUGAGAAGGCUGGGGAUGGUGGAGAUUUCAAUGAACUUGAGAGUGUCGCUAAUCAGGAUGAUUUGGGACCGAGUUCUAGGGAGAGUGGAGCAGCUAAGACUGAUGCAAAUUUGAGUAGCGAAAAUGGAGAAUCUGCUGGAUAUGUUGAGAAUCUUGGUGACUCAGGGUGUAGUUCAAAUGUAGGGGAACGUGAAUAUUGUGAAAAUGAGGGGACUGAGAGUCAGGGAACUGGUAAUGAAGCUGAGGGAAGGAGCUAUAGUGGUGUUGGUUUUGUGUUUGGUUCCAGUUGGGGAGGUUCAAGUUCAUGUUUUCAUUCGCUAAAGAACGACUCUAGUGGAAAUGUGGAAAAUUUGGUCGAUGAAGUUGGCAGCAAGAUGAAAGCUGAUUCUUUCAAAUUUAAUAAUGGGGAGCGCUCGUGCUCAAACAAGGUUCAUGAGGAGGGAAGUUUUGCAUUUGGAAGUGGGGGCUUGACGGAUUCCAAGCUACCUAAUUGUCAAGGUGAGGUGAAACCAAGUGAUGAAGAUUUAGGAGAUUGCAAGUCCAAGUCAAACAGUCUGAAUGAUAAACUGAGUUCUGAUUUCAGUGGCAAGUGUAAGCUUGUAUUUGAAAGUUGUGAGGUAACUGAUGCAUCUAGUCAUAAAAGUACUAACCAUGUUGUUUUUGGAAGCGAGAAUAACACGGCUGGUACCACUGGAGCGACUUCUAGUUCUGCUCAGUUUACAUUUCAGACGGGUCUUGGCGUCCAAACAAAUGGUUGUGCUUCGAAAGCAUCAUCUGCGGGUGGAGUGAAAGGUAAAGAUGGAAGUAUCUUUACUAGCUCUCUAGACGGAUUUGGUGUGUGCUUUGAGGACUUCAACACUCCAUUGCGGUUUUCUUCUUGUCUCAAAGAAACUCUAAUUCCUGAAAUAAAUAAAGCGAACAUCAAUGUGAAGGGUAGAUCAGUUAGGGACAAAAGAUCAAGGAAGACAAGGGCAAAGUUGAAGAAACCUUCUCUGAGUAAGCAACGGCCAGCUCAGGAUAAUGUUCCCAAGGAAAGUAGUUGCCAAGGAACCCCAGACUCUCCUGGUUGUUGCUCCCCCAUGGAUUUCUCUCCUUAUGGAGAAACUAUAGUUGUUGAUCCACAUUUAAGGGAAUCCUCUGCAACGUCUAAUGAUUCCAUCCACCUAGGCAGUGAUACUGCACCUUCUGUCUCCGAUGCAACAGUUACUAUUGGACCUAAUGGUGAUGAGGGAGAAUUGGCUGCUAAAGGUGAUCACAUAUAUGGAAAGGCCGUUGACGAGAAUUCUGGUCAUUAUGGUGAAAGAAUAUUUGUUAACCAUUGUUCCACUAAAGGGUCUGGUUCUGGAGCUGAAACUCCCUGCUUUAGCUCCAAAAAUGAGCAUGUCAACGGUAUCAGUCGUGCUGGUAAGGAUUCACAAGACGUUAGAGCUGAUUUUGGUCUGAAUGUAGAGAAUCAAGAACAGGAUUGUGGAACACCGUGUUUUGCUUCUGGUUUUGAAAAUAUGGAGAAGAAACCAUUCACCUUUGUUGCGUCAUCUUCUGCAGAACGAAGUCCAAUAGUGGCAAGGCGUCUACUUCGCAGAGUGAAAAAUAAGAAGAAAGUCGGUUGUAAUACAUUUGUUAUAACUCCAAGUACAAAUGUUGAGUUUGGAGCUGACAAAUCUGCACCCCACUCUAGCACAUCAUUGUCUUCUGAUGUGGUAGAAAAACCUGAGCCGCAUGAACAAGUUACGAAAGUGCAUAUCCCUUCUACUGAUGCAACUCAUGAGACUUGUGAGAAGUGGCGAAUCAGGGGCAACAAAGCUUAUAGGAACAAAGACUUUUCGAAAGCUGAAGAAUUUUACACACAGGGAAUAGUUUCUGUUCCUUCAAGUGAAAGGUCGGGAAGCUGCCUUAAGCCCCUUUUACUAUGCUAUAGCAAUCGAGCGGCAACACGGAUGUAUAUGGGCAAGAUAAGGGAAGCUUUAGGGGACUGUAUGAUGGCUACUGCGCUAGACCCCAACUUUCUCAAAGUUCAAAUGAGAGCUGCAAAUUUUCAUCUUCUUCUGGGUGAAGUUGAAAAUGCACAACGGUACUUCAAUAAUUGCUUGGAAUUCGGAACUGGUGUGUGUUUGGAUCGAAGAAUUGUAAUAGAUUCUGCUGAUGGCAUACAGAAGGCUCAGAAAGUGACUGAGUAUAUGAAUCGCUCUGCCAAGCUUCUUGAACAGAAAACUACAGAUGCGGCUCUUAGUGCCUUGGAAAUAGUUUCUGAGGCCUUGUGUAUUAGUGACUACUCAGAAAAGUUACUUGAAAUGAAGGCAGAGGCUCUGUGUAUGUUGAGGAGAUAUGAAGAGGCAAUUCAACUGUGUGAACAUAGUAUGUGUUUUGCUGAGAAGAACUUUUCUUCGCUGAACAGUGUAGUAAAUAUGGAUGGUGCCGGAUGUGAAGAUCAUCCAUAUGCUAGGUUGUGGAGGUGGUUCUUCAUAUCCAAGUCUUACUUCCAUUUGGGAAGGUUUGAGGCAGCUCUUAAUUUACUUGAGAAGCUAGAGCAAGUGGGAUCUAUCAAAGACAGGUAUGAGAGUAAGAACUUGGAAUCAUCAAUUUCAUUAGCUGCCACCAUACGUGAACUGUUAAGCCACAAGGACGCAGGGAAUGACGCAUUUAGAUCCGGAAAACAUACAGAAGCAGUGGAACAUUAUACUGUUGCUUUGUCUCGCAAUAUUGGAUCUCGGCCAUUUUCUGCAAUCUGUUUGUGCAACCGUGCUGCAGCACAUCAAGCUUUGGGACAAAUUACUGAUGCCAUUGCUGACUGCAGUCUUGCAAUAGCUCUUGAUGGAAAUUACGCUAAGGCAGUUUCUAGAAGAGCUACCUUACAUGAGAUGAUACGAGACUAUGGACAGGCUGCUAGUGAUCUCCAAAGACUUAUAUUUGUACUGGAAAACCAAUCUGGUGACAAGGCCAAAGAACCUAACUCACAAGGUAGCUCCACAGGUCGCACACAAGAAUUAAGGAAUGCUUAUCGACAUAUGCCUUUAAUGGAAGAAGAAGCUAAGAAAGGAAUCCCCUUCAAUUUUUACAUCAUUCUGGGAAUUAAACCAUCUGACUCAAGUGCUGACAUUAAGAAGGCUUAUCGUAAGGCUGCUCUGAAGCAUCAUCCUGACAAGGCUGGUCAGUUCUUGGCAAGAAGUGAGAGUGGAGAUGAAGGGCGACUCUGGAAAGAAAUCUCUCUUGAGGUUCACAAGGAUGCUGACAGACUCUUUAAAAUGAUUGGAGAGGCAUAUGCAGUACUUUCAGAUCCCAACAAGCGCUCAGAAUAUGAUUUUGACGAAGACAUAAGAAAAUCAGCAAAGGAAAGCAAGGAUCACGGCAUCUACAGAAAACCUUCAGAUGUUCAGAGUCCUAGACGCAGCAGUAAUAGAAAACCAGAUUUCUAUAGCUCUCCAUUUGAGAGAAGCUCUUAUUGUCGGAACAGUAGGGAGAGUUGGAGGACAUAUGGAGAUUCAUUUUCACGUUGGUAAAAGGAACUUGAGAAUUGAGUUCUUCUGUACAAGUUUUUUGCUGGUUUUGAAGUGGCCCUAGGAUCCAUAGCCAGUUAAUUGGGAAUUUGGUUCUGGCCUGGUGAUCAGCCGAUCAAGAAUUACUUCCAUAUGUAUGAAUGCAUCCAUUCAAAAGCACCGGCCUUCUAUGGAUAUGGAUAUCUUGAGUUUGGUAUCCAUAUAAUCUACAGAAAUACAGAUGAGGUAAAUCAGCUUAUCUCAAUUCCACAGUAAUGUUUGGAUAUAUAACUUGCUACUGUCAGCAGAUGACUUGUGCCCGCACCUCUGAUCUUCUGCAAGAGCUAGCCGGGAUAGAAGAGAUUUCUGAGUUUGCUGGGAGAAAAAUAGGACAAGUUGUAAGGUCCAUUUGUGUCUAUAUAUAAACGAUUUUCUUUUCAUUGGUAAUUUGUUUGUACUACCAAUGUUAUAAUUAUAAUUGCACUGCAUAAUGGAAAAGUUGUUCCUUGCUAGUGGUAGACUAGUCAUUUGCUUCUCA